AUGGAAUAUGGUGUUUAUGUUCAACAUCCUUUUGGAGACAAUAUGAUUCUGACGUGUCUUCAUGUUGAUGACAUAUUGCUGACAGGGAGCUGCUAUGAUGAAAUAGUCAAGUUUAACAAGGUGUUGAUAAAUGAUUUUGCGAUGACUAGACUAGGAAAGUUGGUAUACUUUAUAGGGAUAGAGGUUUUGUACUAUGAGAAGGGUAUCAUUCUACAUCAGCUGAAUUAUGAACUUUACCUUCUUAUGAGAUUCGAGCUAAAAAACUGCAAGUCUCCACUUACACCUGCUGAGACAAAUUACAAGCUGGAUUCUGAUGCUGAGGGUGAUGAUGUAGAUGCUACAACAUUUAAACAGGUUGUUGGCUCGCUGAGAUAUCUCUGUAAUACCAUACCUAACAUUUGUUACGCAGUAGGAAUGAUGAUUAGGUUUAUGAACAAGCCAAAGUGGUCACAUUACCAAGAUGCACAUUCAGAGUGUUUAUUGUUAGUUUGUUUUGGACCUUGUAAUGGACUUUAA